AUGUAUACGAAAUAUUACAGCACUUUAAUAUCUGAUGUUUGGAGGUGCUCUAAGGCGUCGAGUCUCAAGUGUCCAGGCAAAUUAAAAACAUCGAAAGAAAAUCCUACUGAAAUACCAAUAAUCGAUAAAGCACAUACUCAUCCUCCAGACACGCAUGAAGUUGAAGUCAAUAAAUGCUUAGCACGAAUGAAACAUAAGGCAGCAACUACGUCAACAAAUCCAAUUGAGAUUUACUGUGAAGAACUUGGAAGCUUGGAUAAUGAAACUCAAAUGAUGGUAUAA